UCGAAUAUAAUUGAAAUAAUAAUAUUAAAGAAAAAAAUCAAUGGACAAGGGAGACCUAGAUGUAGAUGCAAUUAUUGACAAGUUGCUCGAAGUUAGAGGAUCCAAACCUGGAAGGCAAGUACAAUUAACUGAACAAGAAAUUAAAUCUCUCUGUAUCCAAUCAAGAGACAUCUUUAUUAACCAGCCUAUAUUACUAGAGCUCGAGGCGCCAAUCAAAAUCGUAGGAGACGUUCACGGUCAAUACUAUGACCUACUUAGACUCUUCGAGUAUGGAGGAUUUCCACCUGAGGCUAACUAUCUUUUCCUCGGAGAUUAUGUUGAUAGAGGAAAACAAUCUCUUGAAACCAUCUGCCUACUCCUAGCAUACAAGAUUAAGUACCCGGAGAACUUUUUCUUAUUAAGAGGAAACCAUGAAUGUGCCUCAAUUAACAGAAUAUACGGUUUUUACGAUGAGUGUAAAAGAAGAUACAACAUCAAACUCUGGAAGACCUUCACUGACUGCUUCAACUGCCUCCCAGUGGCUUCCAUCAUUGAUGAAAAGAUCUUCUGCAUGCAUGGAGGCCUCUCACCUGAACUCAGUAACAUGGAGCAAAUCAGAAGAAUCAUGAGACCAACUGAUGUACCGGACACUGGCCUUCUCUGCGAUCUCUUGUGGUCCGACCCAGAGAAAGACAUGUCUGGCUGGGAGGAAAAUGACAGAGGAGUCUCCUUCGUGUUCGGUGGUGAUGUAGUCAGCACCUUCUUGAAGAAGCAUGACCUCGACCUCAUUUGAAGAGCCCACCAAGUCGUCGAAGACGGUUAUGAGUUCUUUGCAAAGAGACAAAUGGUCACCUUAUUCUCAGCUCCGAACUACUGUGGUGAGUUUGAUAACAGCGGAGCUAUGAUGUCUGUAGACGAGACAUUGAUGUGCAGCUUCCAAAUCUUGAAGCCAUCAGAGAAAAAGAAGAAGUUCAACUACGGAGGUGCUGACGGAGAGAGACCAGUUACUCCUCCCAAGUCUAAAUAUUAAGUUCUGACGAUUAAUUCUCAAUCCAACUGAACUCUCCUGGGGUUUUGGGGUUUUGG